ACCGAUCAAAGGACGACCAAAGAAAAACUUGGUACCAUGUAGUUUAUACAAAUAUUUUACUAUUAUUCAAUGACCUGUGCCUGUUAUACCAUUUCAAUUGACCCCAUUUCUUCCUCCAAAGGAAAAAAAAAAGAAGGUAUUUAUUGACCCUUAUAUAUAGUGUAUGCAUUUUUUAUUGGGGGCUUUUUCUAGCUCAGAUAUGAAGUGGGUAUCAAAGAAAGAAGAAGAAGAAGAAGAAGAAGAACAAGUUCAGAUAUUUGUGUAGCGCUUUUACUGAUGGGUCUAAAGUUGCAACAGAGCCAGCACCAGCACCACUCGGUGGCUGUCAAAGUGAAUGAACAAAUGGGGACCAAAAGAGGGUACACAUUUAUUCAGGCUAACAGAGCUUGGUUACCAAAAUUUCUUUUGCUUUGGGUAAUGGUGAUGGCUUUUUUGAGCACUUGGAUCUACAAAAAGAUGGAUGCUGACAACAAAGUAAGGAGGAAGGAAGUAUUGAGUAGCAUGUGUGAUGAGAGGGCAAGGAUGUUGCAAGAUCAAUUCAGUGUUAGCGUUAACCAUGUUCAUGCCUUGGCCAUCCUUAUUUCCACUUUUCAUUACUACAAGAAUCCAUCUGCUAUUGAUCAGGAUACUUUUGCUGAGUACACUGCAAGAACUGCAUUUGAGAGGCCAUUGCUUAGUGGGGUGGCCUAUGCAGAAAGAGUAGUGCAUUCAAAGAGGGAGGAAUUUGAGAGGCAGCAUGGCUGGACAAUAAAAACAAUGCAGAGGGAACCUUCUCCGAUUCGAGAUGAAUAUGCUCCGGUGAUAUUCUCUCAAGAAACUGUAUCUUAUAUCGAAUCACUUGAUAUGAUGUCAGGGGAGGAAGACCGAGAAAACAUCUUAAGGGCUGGGGCUUCCGGGAAAGCCGUCCUAACUAGACCCUUCAGGCUUCUUGGUUCUCAUCAUCUUGGUGUUGUUUUGACGUUCCCUGUCUACAAAUCCAAGCUCCCACUGAGGCCAACUGUGGCAGAGCGCAUUGGAGCAACUGCUGGAUACCUUGGUGGAGCCUUCGAUGUGGAGUCCCUUGUUGAGAAUCUGCUCGGGCAACUUGCUGGAAAUCAGGCGAUACUAGUGAAUGUGUAUGAUGUUACUAACUCUUCUGAUCACCUGAUCAUGUAUGGUCACCAAAAUCAAGAUGGUGACUUGGCUUUGUUGCAUGAAAGUAAGCUCGAUUUCGGAGAUCCAUUCAGGAAGCAUACAAUGAUAUGUAGAUAUCAUCAGAAGGCACCAACAUCGUGGACAGCACUCACCACCGCUUUCUUAUUCUUUGUUAUCUGCUUAUUAGUUGGUUAUAUCUUAUAUGGUGCCGCAAUACACAUUGUUAAAGUCGAAGAUGAUUUCCACGAAAUGCAAGAACUGAAGGUUCGAGCAGAAGCUGCAGAUGUUGCCAAAUCACAGUUUCUGGCAACAGUUUCUCAUGAAAUUAGGACUCCCAUGAAUGGCAUCCUUGGGAUGCUUGCUUUGCUUUUAGAUACGGAUUUAAGUUCAACUCAAAGGGAUUAUGCUCAGACUGCUCAAGUCUGUGGAAAGGCACUGAUAACAUUGAUAAAUGAGGUGCUUGACCGGGCAAAAAUUGAAGCUGGAAAGUUGGAGAUGGAAACUGUCCCCUUUGAUCUUCGAUCUAUCCUAGAUGAUGUGCUCUCUUUAUUUUCUGAGAAGUCUAGAAACAAAGGUGUUGAGCUGGCGGUCUUUGUUUCGGAUAAAGUUCCGGAAAUGGUUAUGGGGGAUCCAGGAAGAUUUAGACAGAUUAUUACGAAUCUUGUUGGGAACUCUGUUAAAUUUACAGAACGGGGACACAUAUUUGUUAAAGUUCAUCUAGCAGAAAACUCGAAGCCCAUGGCAGAGGCAAAAGCUGAAACUUGUUUGAAUGGAGGAUCAGAUGAAGGUGUGCUGGUAUCAAGUGCGCGCCAGUUCAAAACCUUAAGUGGUUAUGAAGCAGCGGAUGAGCGCAACAGUUGGGAUUCCUUCAAGUAUUUAGUUGCUGAUGAAGAAUCGCGAUAUAAUGCCUCGAUAAACAUGCCACUUGCUGGUGAAACUUCUCAGAAUGUCACUUUGAUGGUAUCUGUGGAAGAUACAGGUAUUGGGAUCCCUUUAAUUGCCCAGGAUAGGGUUUUCAUGCCAUUUAUGCAGGCAGAUAGUUCGACUUCGAGAAAUUACGGUGGGACAGGUAUAGGCUUGAGCAUUACCAAGUGUUUGGUUGAGCUAAUGGGUGGUCACAUAAGCUUUGUUAGCCGGCCACAAGUUGGAAGCACAUUCUCAUUUACUGCAGCUUUCGGGAGAUGUAAAAAAGCUUCAUUUAGUGAUACCAAAAAAUCCAAUACCGAAGAUCUUCCUUCCAGUUUCCAAGGAUUGAAAGCAAUAGUAGUUGACGGGAAACCAGUUAGAGCUGCUGUAACCCGAUACCACUUGAAGAGGCUCGGUAUGCUGGUUGAAGUUGGAAGUAGUGUAAAGAUGGCAGCUUCUGCAUGUGGGAAAAAUGGCUCUUCAUGCGGAACUAAAAACCAGCCGGAUAUAAUUCUUGUUGAGAAGGAUUCAUGGCUUUCUGGCGAGGAUGGCGGUUUGAGUUUAGGGAUGUUGGACCGGAAGCAGAAUGGACAUGUGUUUAAGUUGCCUAAGAUGAUUCUUCUUGCGACGAAUAUUACGAAUGCUGAGCUUGAGAAAGCAAAGGCGGCUGGUUUUUCAGAUACUACAAUUAUGAAACCAGUGAGGGCAAGUAUGGUGGCUGCAUGUCUUCAACAGGUGCUUGGGAUAGGGAAGAAGAGGCAGGCAGGAAAAGAUAUGUUGAAUGGGUCCUUGGUCCUUCGGAGUCUACUUUACAGGAAGAAAAUUUUAGUAGUCGAUGACAAUAUGGUAAAUCGGAGAGUUGCUGCUGGUGCAUUGAAGAAGUUUGGAGCUGCUGUAGAAUGUGCCGACAGUGGAAAAGCUGCACUAAAACUUCUUCAGAUUCCACACUAUUUUGAUGCUUGCUUCAUGGACAUUCAGAUGCCGGAAAUGGACGGGUUUGAGGCAACUCGUCGGAUACGAAAGAUGGAGAGCCAAGCAAAUGAACAGAUCAACGGAGGCAGCAUAGAUGAAGAGUCUGCCCGGAAAGGCAAGUGGCAUGUCCCGAUAUUAGCCAUGACAGCCGAUGUAAUACAUGCCACCUAUGAUGAGUGCCUGAAAUGUGGGAUGGAUGGAUAUGUCUCGAAGCCCUUCGAGGAAGAAAAUCUCUACCAGGCAGUAGCCAAGUUCUUCAAAGCCAAACCAAUGUCGGAAUUGUAGUCAAACACCUUGCACCAUCAUUGGAAAAGUCAACAAAACCAAAAGCUGGUUGGACUUUUUCAGCGAAAUUUUCCCAAUCCUUCUGGUGCAUUUUGGUUUUAAAAACACUGCAUAUAGUUUCCUGGAGCUCCCGAGAAUUCUGGACUGCAUCGAAAGCAAACAUGCAUGCAUGUUCGGGCAAUUAGAGUCAGAGUAUUUGUAUACUACCCCAGGAAACUGCAUCCCCAUCUGUUUGUAUAGAUCUUUACAAAGGGGAUGAUUUGAUUCUAUCUGGAGACUUAGGAUCUUUUGUUCGAAAAUGGGGUUCUGAUUUUUAUGAAUUUUGUUGUAAAAGCUUUGUUAUUGAGUUUUCAAAUCUCAAAAAGAGGUAUCUUACAAAUUCAA